UCGACGGCACCGAGAGAGACACCAUCCUGAAGGAUGGCAUCCACACCGUGGAGGGGAUAGCGGUAGACUGGAUGGCAGGUAACCUAUACUGGACAGACGACGGGCCCAUGAAGACCAUCAGUGUGGCCAGGUUGGAGAAGGCCUCUCAGACACGCAAGACCCUCAUUGAGGGCAAGAUGACCCACCCUCGCGCCAUCGUCGUGGACCCCCAGCACGGGUGGAUGUACUGGACAGACUGGGAGGAGGACCCCAAGAAGACUAACCGAGGGAAGAUCAAGAAGGCAUGGAUGGACGGUUCGCAUGACCAGGUCCUGCUGACCAGUAAGACAGUGUUGUGGCCCAACGGCCUGAGUCUGGACAUCCCGCAGGGUGUCCUGUACUGGGUGGAUGCAUACUACGACCGCAUCGAGAUGGUUUACCUCAACACCACAGAGCGCAAGAUGGUGUAUGAGGGAAGUGAGCUGAACCACGCCUUCGGCUUGUGUCACUACAAGCACUUCCUGUUUUGGAACGAGUACCGUGGCGGCAGCAUCUUCAAACUGGACACCACCACCAGCACUGUCACGCUGCUCCGAAAUGAACGACCACCCCUCUUCGAGAUCCGCGUGUAUGACGCUCACCAGCAGCAAGGCACCAACCUGUGUCGUGUGAAAAACGGUGGUUGCAGCAGUCUGUGUCUGGCUAUCCCUGAUGGCAGGUCCUGUGGCUGUGCUGACGACCAGAUACUGCAUGACGACAAUGUCACCUGUAAAGCCAACCCCACCUACAUCCCUCCUCCUCAGUGUCAGCCCGGAGAGUUUGCCUGUAAGAACAACCGCUGUAUCCAGGAGCGAUGGAAGUGUGACGGUGACAACGACUGUUUGGACAACAGCGACGAGGCGCCUGAGCUCUGCCACCUGCACACGUGUCCAUCGGACCGGUUCAAGUGCCAGAAUAACCGUUGUAUCCCCCUGCGAUGGCUUUGUGACGGGGACAAUGACUGUGGAAACGAUGAGGAUGAGUCCAAUACCACCUGCUCAGCUCGUACGUGCCCACCCAACCAGUAUGCGUGUGCCAGUGGGCGCUGCAUCCCCACUUCCUGGACAUGUGACCUGGAUGAUGACUGUGGGGACCGUUCUGAUGAGCCGGACUCCUGUGCCUACCCCACCUGCUUCCCCCUCACCCAGUUCACCUGUGCCAACGGACGUUGCAUCAACGUCAGCUGGCGCUGUGAUAACG